GUGAAGCAGCCGGCUGGUUAUCGAACCUCGAUAACUAUUCCACAAUCAGCCCUUGACAAAUUCCGCCAUCUGCUCGAUGAUGUUAUCGAAGAUCUGGCAGCACCUGCAGCAAAGGCGCAGGUGGGAGAGGGCGAUGCGAUGGUUGUGCUGAUGAAUGAAAACCCUUCGGGCUCGGAAAACGCUAUUCCGGGCCUCGAGCGAGUUGUUGAAGGAUGUCGCCUCAUGGUCAAGAUGACAACGCAGAAUGAGUACAGAGAUGCAGAAGUUCUCCUUGUGAGAAAUGAUCCGCCUCGAUUUUAUGUCCAUUACAUCGAUUGCAACAGAAGGUUGGAUGAGUGGGUUCCUGCUGAAAAUCUCAAUCUUGAGUCGCUACGUAUGCCUCAGAAAGGAAAGAAGGGUGGCGUGACACAAUCUGUGGAGAGUACUUCGGCGUCGGGAUCACCUGAAAGAGAAAUGAGCAAGAAAAGUGCCGCGAUGCGAAAGCGAAAAGCAGCUACGAUGGACGAGGAUAGUCAGGAUGGUAUUAGUCAAAAUGGUGCUCCAAGCAUUCGAGGAUCCAUGUCGAUGGUAGGUCACAGUGAAGAUGCGCUGACUAGAAUCCGUAAUAUCGAAAUGAUUGAGCUGGGAAGGCAUCGAAUACAGCCGUGGUACUUCGCUCCUUAUCCUCAGCAACUGGUACAUUUGCCUUGUAUCUAUAUUUGCGAAUUUUGUCUGAAAUAUGUGAAAAGCCAGACUUGCCUGAAAACACACAUGAAGAAAUGCUAUUUGAAACACCCUCCUGGUAAUGAGAUAUAUCGCAACGAGCAGCUUUCCUUUUUUGAAAUCGACGGUCGAAAAAAUAAGACGUACGCUCAAAACUUAUGUUUGCUUGCAAAGCUAUUCCUCGAUCACAAAACUCUGUACUAUGACACUGACCCCUUCCUGUUCUACGUCUUGGCUUUUUUGGAUGAUCGAGGAUUCCAUAUUGUCGGAUUUUUCUCUAAAGAGAAGGAAUCCGCCGAAGAAUAUAACGUUGCAUGCAUAUUAGUCUUACCUCCAUACCAAAAGAUGGGAUAUGGAAGAUUAUUGAUAGAAUUCAGUUAUGAACUUUCGAAGGUGGAAGGCAAAACGGGUUCCCCGGAGAAGCCCUUGUCUGAUCUGGGAUUGCUGUCCUAUCGAAGUUUCUGGUCUGCCACGAUCAUAGAGAAACUAAUGCGAUUUAAAGAGGAGGAGAUGUCAGCUGGAGAGGAGCGAGCCAUUUCUGUGAUGGAUCUCUCUCAGAUGACGUCGAUUCGAAAAGAAGAUGUAAUAUCCACACUGCAGCAUCUCAACCUUUACAAGUAUUACCGCGGACAAUAUGUAAUUGUUAUUACGGAUGAAUUGAAGAACGCGUAUCGGAGAAUGUGUGAGAAAAUAACCGUACGUAUUGAUCCGUCCAAAUUGCGUUGGCAGCCAAAGGACUGGAGUAGACGUAAACUCUAG